GAAUGAAGCCUAAUCCAACACCUCCUGAAUGAAUGACCUGAUAACUGAAAAAAGUGCAACCAUCCCUCCUCCUCACACGCCCCUCCUUUUCCUCCUCCCCAUGGUGACGUCACAGACGUUUAAAGCCAUCCCUGCGCCUCCGCCGGCCUUUCCUCACACGGGCAUUGCUUUUCUCUUCCUCUUCCCCACCAAUGCUUCACACCACCUCUGCCUUGUCGGCUGUGCGUCCCAUGCGAUCGAGGGCUUCACCUGAGAGCAGACGCUACCUGCCAUCCUGUAGGUUGGCGGUGGGUGCCAGAUCACUUCCACGCCAACCUCAACUCAUCCCACUGGAGUAAGGAGACAAAGAAGCCAGCGUGGAGAUAUGAACGACUCUCUGGCGGCGAAUGACUCCUCGCCUGUGGACGCUCUGCCGUGGAUGGAGGCGGAGUCGCCGGGGCUCAACGGCACCCUGGAGUUCUCCACCGCCCCCUUCAUGUUCCCGAUCAACCCGUGGGACAUCAUGCUGUGCAUGUCGGGCACCGUCAUCGCCUGCGAGAACGCCAUCGUGGUGGCCAUCAUCUUCUACACACCCACGCUUAGGACUCCCAUGUUUGUGCUCAUCGGGAGCCUGGCCACGGCCGACCUGCUGGCCGGCGUGGGAUUAAUCCUCAACUUCGUCUUUAAGUACGUGAUCUCGUCCCAGACUGUGAGUCUUGUGACUGUGGGCUUCCUGGUGGCGUCUUUCACGGCGUCCAUCAUCAGCCUUUUGGCCAUCACCAUCGACCGCUACUUCUCGCUCUACAACGCCCUCACUUACUUCUCGGAGAAGACGCUCCAGUACGUGCACCUGAUGCUGGUGGGCACCUGGGGUGUGUCCCUGUUCCUGGGCCUGCUGCCGGUCCUGGGCUGGAACUGCCUGGAUGAGCCGGCCUCUUGCAGCAUUGUGCGACCUUUAACCCGCAGCAACUUGACUCUGCUGGCCGUGUCCUUCUUCGUCAUCUUCAUGCUCAUGCUGACUCUUUACUUCAAGAUCUGCAAGAUUGUGUGCCACCACGCCCACCAAAUCGCGCUGCAGCACCACUUCUUUGCCACCUCGCACUACGUGGCCACCAAGAAGGGCGUGUCCACGUUGGCCAUCAUCUUGGGGACGUUCGGCGCCAGUUGGCUGCCCUUCGCCAUCUACUGCUUGGUGGGCGAGCAGGAGUACCCGUCAGUGUACACUUACGCCACACUGUUGCCGGCGACCUACAACUCUAUGAUCAACCCCAUCAUCUACGCUUACAGAAAUACAGAAAUACAGCGCUCCAUCUACAUACUCUUCUGUGGCUGCUUCCGGCCCAAUGCCGCCUACCGCUCCAGGUCGCCCAGUGAGGUCUGAGCCCACUGGUGCUCCUUUAGGGGGCGCAGAACAAAGUAUCACUUGGCCACGGACUCUCUGAAGACUUCACCAACACAAGCGCUGUCUCAUGUAUUCGGUGCUACCACUUUACAACAAGGCUAGGGCUUAAUACAUCGCCUAGUCAUUUGCUUUACGAGAAAAAAAUGUGUAACAUUAUUACGUAAAUGAAUUGACGUACUUCAAGGAUAAAGUUUUUAUUGUAAGAAGAACAAAGUGGCCAGGUUAACUAGGAACAUUUCGACGACCAAGAGUGAAAUGUACCGCAAUUUACUCUUAAUGUUAUGAAAAAGUCGUGGAGUUGUAAUGUUGUGGGGUCAAAGUUGCGGUACGAAAAAAAAGUUGAAAUGUUACACCUUUGAAGGCAUGAUGUUCCGAGGAAAUACUUGUAAUCAUGUGAGAAAAGUCGCGACUGAAGUUGAAAUGUUACAAAGAAAAAGUCGCCAAGUCAUUAGCUAUACCACUUUAAGUCGUACUCUUACGAGAAAAAAUGUGUAGCAUUAUUACGUAAAUGAAUAGACGUACUUCAAGGAUAAGGUUUUUAUUGUAAGAAGAACACAGCAGCCUGGUUAAUUUGGAACGUUACGACGACAUAUCGUGAAAUUUACCGCAAUUUACAUUUUACACCUUUAAAGUCAUGACGUUCUGAGGAAAUACUUAUAAUCAUGCGAGAAAAGUCGUGACUUAAGUUGAAAGGUUACGAGGAUAAAGUUGCCUCGUCAUUAGCUUUACCACUUUAAGUCGUAUUGUUACGAGAAAAAAUGCGUGGCAUUAUUACGUAAAUGAAUUGACAUACUUCAAGGAUAAGGUUUUUAUUAUAAGAACAACACAGUGGCCAGGUUAAUUUGGAAUGUCACAACGACAUAUUGUGAAAUGUACUGCAAUUUACUCGUAAUGUUACGAAAAAGUCGUGGAGUUGUAAUGUUAUGAAGUCAGAGUCGUUGUGGUAUGAAAAAAAAGCUGCAAUUUUACAACUUUAAUGUCAUAAAGUUCCGAGGAAAUACUUGUAAUCAUGCGAGAAAAGUCGAGACUUAAGUUGAAAUGUUACGAUGAAAAGGUCGCCUAGUCAUUAGCUUUACCACUUCAAGUCGUACUGUUAGGAAAAAAAAACGUGUAACAUUAUUAUGUAAAUUAAUUGACGUACUUCAAGGAUAAGGUUUUUAUUGUAAAAACACAUUGGCCAGGUUAAUUUGGAACGUUACAACCACAUAUCGUGAAAUGUACCGUAAUUUACUCUUAAUGUUAUGAAAAAGUCGUGGAGUUGUAUUGUUAUGAGGUCAGAGUUGUUGUGGUACGGAAAAAAAGUUGCAAUUUUACACCUUUGAAGUCAUAACGUUCCGAGUAAAUGAUGUUAUGAGGGAAAAGUUGCAGUGUUACGUUACAAAAUAAAGUCAUCAUGCUCCCAAAAAGAAGUCAGAGGCCGUAAUGGUAUGACUUUUAAGAUGUUUUGCAAUUCACGCAAAGAAUCUACAACAUUACGAAAAAAGUUGCACAACUUGAUAUUGAUUUGUAAUCUUGGGUUAAAAAAAUUUAAGUCGUAACAUUACCAAAUUCAGGUUAUAAUGUCACAAGUAGCUACAAGAGAAGUCGUAACGUGCAAAGAUUAAAAAUUCUUGCUAUGAAACCUGAGUCAUAACAUUACAGGGCUGAAAUUGUAAUGUUGAAAUUUCAUUUUACAUAAUAUCGCAACUUUUUUCUUGAAAAAAAACCUUGAAAAUGUUAACAUUUCAACUAUUUCAUUGUGUUCCUCCUUAGUACAUGAUCAGGAGCAAUAGAAAACUUUUUUUUUCUCUCACAUUACAACUUUACAUUGUUUUGUUUGUUCUUUUAAAAAGAAUUGUGGAAGUUUCACAAUUAAAAACAAAAUCUUAAUUAUGACUUUUUUUCCCUCCCCACUUUGUUCUCGCCCAUGUGUAUUGCUAAAACCAAAUGUAUGAUUUGCAAAAACAUAUUCCUUGGCUGUAAAGUGGUGCCCAUCCAGUAUCUGCACUUUAACAUUUGUCAACAAACUGAAGAGAGAAACGCUGUGAAUAAGAAAAGUCUGUGAAGAAAAAAAAAAAAAAACAAACACCUGUGAAUGUACCUAAAAGACAAAAGGAAUGGAAAACCUGCACUUUAUUCUAUGUUUAGUGUGUUUGUUUCUAUUUGGUAAUGCCAAAGCAGUAUUGUCGAGUCCAGUCCCUAUUGUAUUGUGAACUGUG